AGAAAGAAACGUUUCAUCAAAGCAACAGAAGACCCCGACAAAACGAAAGGCGGAGCUGCGAUAUUAUAAACAAUGGCACUGUACCGCGCGAGGUCAUUCCAAAUCUCAAUCACUUUCCAUAGAAUGUCUGCUCCAUCUCCUUCACCUUCUAUUUCAAGAUUAAAUUCAAAUUCAGAUGAAACUUUCCGUAUUGUGGUAAACUAUCUGGUAACUUCGAACAAACUUGAGGAAACACGUGUCAAGUACACCAGAAUUAUUGAUUCUCUAGUCCUGCAAAUGGACUGCCUGAACUUGAUUGCCACUUUGACAAAGACAAAUCUUGUCGUCUUGCUAGUGAUCAAGUAUAUUCUUAAAUAUUUAGAGAAUUUGAAGAAGAAUACCAUUAUCUCGCUGAGAAAUGUCGAGGCUAAAAUCGAAAAAAAGAUGAAAAUUCAGAAAAGACGAGCUCAAAUGAUGUUCCAACAUAACGGCAUCACUCCAAUGAGUGACAUUACUAAAAGAUUGGAAUUCAAUAAGAACAAUUGAAAAUCAAUCAGGACAACCUUUUGUGCCUUGGAGGGCCUAAUCGUUCAUUUCUCUGUUAUCGCAUACUUUAAUGUUUCUUCGAUUUGUUAAUUUCUAAAAUUAUUGUUUUAACUUUUGAAAUAUAUACAUAGUAAUGAUUUGUUAUACGGCUCUAUCUUUUUUUGUUUGUUACUUAUAUUCCAUUUUUAUUCAAAGUUCAAUGAACACAUUUUAUUUGGGA